UAUGCCCUGCAGCUGCGUCUGAGCGGCGGCCGCAACCCUUACGAGGGCCGGGUGGAGGUGCUGGCUGAGCGCAACGGCACCCUGAAGUGGGGCACCGUCUGCAGCGAGAACUGGAGCACCGUGGAGGCCAUGGUGGUGUGUCGGCAGCUGGGCCUGGGCUUUGCCAGCCAUGCCUUCCAGGAAACGUGGUACUGGCAUGGGGACGUCAGCGCUGACAACGUGGUGAUGAGUGGCGUCAAGUGCUCGGGGACAGAGAUGUCCCUGGCCCACUGUCGUCACGACGGAGCCGACGUCUCCUGUUCCAGAGGAGGGGGUCGUUUUGGUGCUGGUGUGUCCUGCUCGGAGACCGCCCCUGACCUGGUGCUCAACGCGGAGCUGGUGGAGCAGACAGCCUACCUGGAGGACCGCCCGAUGCUCAUGCUGCAGUGCGCGCUGGAGGAGAACUGCCUGGCCAGCUCGGCCGUCCACAACUCCCUCGCCUCCCCCGCUGUUAAGGAGCAGGUGAGAUAUUUCUUGUUCUGGCAUUACCACAGCAUGGAGGUUUUUACCCACUACGAUCUGUUGAGCCUCAACGGGACCAAGGUGGCCGAAGGACACAAAGCCAGCUUCUGCCUGGAAGACACCGAGUGUGAAGCAGAUAUACAAAAACAGUAUGAAUGUGCCAAUUUUGGUGAACAAGGAAUCACAGUUGGCUGCUGGGACGUGUACCGCCACGACAUCGACUGCCAGUGGAUCGACAUCACCGAUGUCCCGCCAGGAGAUUACCUCUUCCAGGUUGUCAUCAACCCAAACUAUGAAGUGGCCGAGUCCGAUUACUCCAAUAAUGUCAUGAAGUGCAGGAGCCGCUACGAUGGGAUGCGCAUCUGGAUGUACAACUGCCACAUAGGGGGCUCCUUCAGCGAGGAAACGGAGCAGAAGUUCGACCACUUCAGCGGGCUCACAAACAACAAGGUGUCCACCCGGUAGAGCGCCAUCGCCUCCCACCCCACUAUUUAAAGAAGCGAGGUUUCCUGCUUCGGUGAUCUCCCUAACCACUG